AUGCCAAUCAACCGGGCUCCAGAGUCCAAAGCUUCGUUUGUCCCGUCAAAAGAUGAAAGAAACAAGGUUAACAAACUCGCUUUGCUGAUCCGCCGAGGCAUCAUCAAAACAAAAGCUGAGCGCGAAAGGGAGGCGAAAGAAAAGGCAAAGCCAAAGUAUUACAAUGUCUGGAGCUCACAGGAGGAACAGGAGAAGUCCAGAUCGCAGAUUGCCAGGGAAAAAAUGGCCUUCCCGGCGCCAAAGUUGCCUCUGCCGGGACAUGCGGAGAGUUAUCGACCGGCUCCUGAGUUCAUCUUCGAUGAAAGUGAACAGCUGGCUUGGGAGGCCGAAGAUCCUGAGGACAGGAAACAAUCUUGGCUGCCUAAAAACUUUGCUAACUUGCGAACAGUGCCGGCUUACGCGGAUUUCUAUAAAGAACGUUUUGAGCGAUGUUUGGACCUGUAUCUUGCGCCGAGACAGAGAAAGAUGAAAAUGAAUGUGAAGAAGGAAGAUCUCAUCCCAAAACUGCCAUCACCAAAAGAUCUUCAGCCUUUUCCGACAUUCCAGGCUCUUACAUACAAAGGUCAUGUGGGCAUGGUUCGAUCAAUCUCUGCUCAUCCUUCCGGACAAUUUUUGGCCUCGUGUGGCGACGAUGGAACUGCUCGAGUUUGGGAGAUCACCUCUGGACGCUGUCUUAGAUUAAUCAAAUUGUCAGAAAAUGAAAAAUGCCUGAAAAUCGCCUGGUCUCCCAAUCCGAAUCUUUGCCUCCUUAUUAUUGGAUUUGGAAAUAAAGUGGCAGUGGUGAAUCCUCAAAUUGGCGACAAACGAAUUGUUGAUGCUACAAAUGAUCUUAUUGACAGCUGGGAGGAGCCAGAUGAGUACCGCUCAAGGUUGAGCUGGUCUUCGAGCGCUGUGGUCGGUGCUAAAUUAGUAAUCGAUCACUUGGCUGAGGUCAGGGACGUCGCCUGGCAUUCGAAGGGUGACUAUUUCGCCUGUGUCGCUGGAACGAACGCAAAAACGACAGUUUACUUACAUCAACUCUCUACUCGCAAGACACAGCUUCCCUUCACAAGCGCUCAGAAAAACGUCUUCCAAAAGAUCACCUUCCACCCGACCAGGCCACUGUUUUAUUUAGCCACGCAGCGAUAUGUCAAAGUUUGGAAUCUGGCGAAACAGGAAAUGCAGAGAAAACUCGAGCCUAACGUCAAGUGGGUAUCGAGUAUUGCAGUUCACAAGACAGGUGAUCACGUGCUCGUUGGGGACUUUUCGACAAGACUUGCCUGGAUCGAUUUAGAUUUAUCCCAGAAGCCAUUCAAGACACUUCGAUACCACAAGAAAGCGAUUCGCGCCUGUAAAUUCCACAACAGAUAUCCACUUUUCGCCUCUGGCUCUGAUGAUGGAACUAUCAUUGUCUCUCAUGGUCGUGUUUACAAUGAUUUGAGCUCGGACCCGCUGAUUGUGCCCGUAAAAGUGCUCAAGGGAAUCAAAACGACGAAGAAUUUUGGAGUCAUGGAUGUUGAGUUCCAUCCAAAUCAUCCUUGGGUCUUUGGUGCUGGCGUCGACGGAAGUAGAUCGAACAAACGCCCACCGCAUAGGCUCAGUCUUCUCGUAACGAGAAAGAAAAGAAACUGUAGAUCCCAGCCCGCGAGUUGGCAUGUGACAGACCCAACAAAACCAAAUAACGCUGCUCUUAUCAUUCCAAACAACCUUGAACCGAUUGAAUUCGAGACCACUUUCAAUUCCCGCACUGCGCUAAAUAAUGAAACAUAUGAAGUCAAGCAAUGGUCGUUUCUCCUUGAAGAAGUUACCAAGACGGGCCAAAGAAAGGCCCUUGCUCAAACGAAAAUUGAUCUUAGUAAACUUGUCGCGGAAGAACUCGAUGAUAAAAUCUUCCAUGAAUUUACAGAUAUUGAAUUCAAGCCCUUCAAAGGGCGUGUCGAAGCCGUCAAGCUUUCAUUUCAAAUGGCAGGAGUUCUUCUCCGCUCUGGCCAUGCGACAGAUGAUGAUAUGCAGUCAUUAGCUUCUUUAUUGACUACGAAUACACUUGAUAUUGGAAAUCUCGAUGAUUUCAGUGAUUCUAUCUCUGACGUCUCAUCUGGAUUCAACGCUUCUCAUUUAUCAGAACUCAAGAACCUAACAGCUGGUAUGAACGCUUUACUACAGGAUGACUACGACGAGCUCUCGAUAAAGUCAUCCAGCUCUCAUGCGUCUCGCAAUGGAACUUUGAAUAGAAGUGGAACGCUAGAAAAAUCAACGAGAAUCGUUCCAUCUUCCACGCCAGAGCCCAGACCCGCUGCGAAGACUCCACCGACGAGCCGCAAGCUGCGUCCCAGCAGACUUGAAGUUGUCAACACCAUAGACAGACUUCAUGGUGACGAGGAAGAAGAGGAAACUGUCGGAGGAAACGCCCAGGAAUUGCUCUCAUGGGCUCGUGAGGCGACAAAAUAUUCCGUGAUGGUGAACGUGACAAAUCUUACAUCUAGUUUCCGCUCCGGAAUUGCACUUGGCGUCAUAUUGAAAAAAUAUUCACCGGAAAAUAUUGAGCUCCACCAGCUCGAUCCCCGGCUCGCUAAAGGAAAUCUCAAGACCGUUCUUGCGGCGUAUAAGAAGGCUGGCUUAGAUCUUUAUGGCGUUAUCAAUAUCAACGAAAUGGCAACAAAGCCCGAUAAACUUGCCGUAAUCACCGCUCUUCACAUGAUAAAGACCAAGUUUGACAGUCCCAAAUCAGCAAAGCUUCGCGAGAAGCCAACCAGAAGAGAUGUCGAUACUGAAACAGUGAGGUCGCUUAUGUUUGACAGCAAUACUGUUUGGUCGAGUCUAUCGGUGUUUCGAAUUGAAACGCUGAUGGAAGAAAUGAGAAGACUCGAAGAAGUACCGGAUAUGUACUCAGAAGCAGUCGAUAAUAUACUUGAUGACCUUGGGGAGUUCUCAUCGAGCGAAGAUGAGGGGGAAGAAGACGAGGAAGAAGCUUUUGAAACGGAAAUUAAAAAAGUCGAACAAAAGGCUGAAAUCUCAAAAGAAAUAGAAUACGAGAAGGAGCGAAUGUUGAAAUCAGAAGAGCUCAUCGAGGAGAUUCUCCAUCCUUCUGCUCCAGAAGAGUCAAAGUCAUGUGGACACAAUGAAAGUGAUUCUGAGGCAAACACGUGCGAGACAGAAACACUCCCUGGACCGCCAGUUCCGCCAGAAGAACAGCUGGAAGUAGAAACUCACACAGUUGCCUUGUCUGGAAUCUCAAGUCCAAAUCGAAAAAGCUCAAGUUCAAGUUUGGAAGACGAAAAAGAUCCUUGGGCAGAUGAAAAUGUUACUCGUCGACCAAAGGAUGAUCUUGUCGGUAAUUCUGGAAAUCGGAACUCGCUAGACGAGUUUUUGUCCCUAGAACAAGAGCUUCAGGAAGAUGAAUUUGAUGAAGUCAAAAAGGAAGAGACGCUUCCGCUAACGAUGAUAGAAUUGAUGCACCGUGAGAGGAUGUCAACGCUUAUAGAAGAAUCUGACGACGAGAUAGACGAUAAUAUGCCGAAUCUUAGUAUCAUAGAUGAAGAAACGCUUGAUAACGAAGUCCUUACUCCGGAAUUCGACUUAUCGGAGUUUACCAAAGCAUUAGACUUUUCAAAAGAUUUACUCAAGUCAGAAGAACCUAAACCAGACGACAAUAUCUCAUUAUCGGGAUCCGAUAAAGAAUUUGAAGAGAUGGAACGAUUAGCUUCUCUUGAAUCGGAAGAAGCAUUUAAUGGAUUAAAUGAUUCAAAAGCGACGAUCCAUGAAGACUCAUUUCAAUCAAAAAUAGAAAAGGUUUCUAUAUCUGAAACUUCUCAAACGUUGAUUGACGACGUUACCCCUGUUUUCGAUAACAAUAAGAAUCCGAAGUCAGAAGAAAAUUCUACGGAUACAAUUAGUGAUCAGCGUAUAUCCCCCAGUGUAUUACCGAUCCCUGAUGAAAUUGAGGAAGAAACCAUGGCAAACUCGGCUAACCCCUCUCCGAUUGAAAAGAUUGCUCCUGAUGUUCCGCCGUUUAUUCCAGAGUUAAAUGAGGAGGAAACCAUAGAGGACUCUAUCGAAGCUGCUAUUGACAAUGUUUCUCCACCCUUUGUCCCAGAACCUGUCGGAGAACCGUCUAUCGAAGACUCCAUUGAUACUUAUUUUGACGAGAAAACCGUUCCAGUUAUCACCCCUGCGAAACUAAUACUCGAACCUACCCAAGUAGAAAGCAUUGAAGAAUCUAUCGAAGCAUUUAUAAGCUCUUCCGAACGUAGAAGAAGCAUCCAUGACGCGCCAGAAGUGAACAAAUUUAUCGACCAGGAAAAAACAGAAGAUACCUCCAGCAAAAUUCAUUCUUCAAAAAGUCAAAAUAUUACAGAAAGCACCAAUCCUUUCGAGAAAGAAGAAGGCGAGCCUUCAAAUCCUUUUGAAGUGGAAGAAAAAUUUUCGUCCUCCAAUCCCUUCGAUGAAGACCAAAGAGAUGAAGAAAGCGGUAAAAAUCCUUUCGACGAUGAACCAGUCCAUAAUGAAAUCAAGGAAGAGAAUUCGUCUCCACCCCGUCCAAUCCGAGCCCUCGCUCCAGCCUCUCAAGCUGAAGAUCUUCUAUCGCGAUUGAAAGAUGCUACGGAAGUAGAUGUAUCAUCAAUCAAGUCCGAAAAUUUCUCCAAUACAAGCUCCGACCAAGCAAUUGAUGUUCGUCCGAGCUCAUCGGCCAACGAUGCUGAUUCUUCCGACGGCGAUCUUGAGCGAAUAGCAGUCAAGAUUGAUGAAUCCGGAAAUGUGAUGGAUGAAAGUGACGCAAAAAGGGCGGAGAUGAUGAAACAAGAAGAUCUCAUCCAUAAACAAAACGAAGAGAAAUUUAUGAUGAUUCUACAACAGCUCACGGAAAGAGAGGCUCAAAUUUUAGACGAGCAAGAUGAAGUUGAUGAUCGAGCGAAAGUAGUAGAAACAGAUCUUCGUCUCGCGAUGAAACAAGAUCAGCGGAAAGAGGCCGAGCUAACAGGUGAAUGGCUUGCUCUUGUUCAAAAACGAGACGAUCUGCUGAAGAGCGGAUCACUUAUCGGCCUUCAAAGAAAGAGAGCAAAGCUAGAACUCGAAUAUCUUGAUGUCCAGCGGCAAUGUCGAGUCCUCAGUCUCAAGCACGAGUACGAAAAGACAGAAGAAGACCGUAACUCGGAGGAGACGCUUAUUCAGAAAUGCGUGCAGCUAGUUCAGGACAAGGCCAUCAUUGAAGAAGAAAUGGGCGAACUAGAACAAGAGAUCGAUGAUCAGCGAGAGCGACAUGCGGUUCAGAUGCAGAAGAACCUAAUGGAACAAGAAAAGCUCAAGCAAGCUGAAAACUCGACCUCGAUAUUCGGAAUCAAGCGAAGCUGGUUCAGCUGA